CGGGCGGGCCCGGACGCGCGGAGGCGGCGGCGGCGGCGGCGGCGCCUCCUCCUUCUGCUGUUGCGCCCCAUCCCCCCGCAGCCGGCCGGUUCCAGCCCUCACCCCGCGUCCCUGCCCGCACCCCCGCCCCGGGCCCCACCAUGGGCCUCACGGUGUCCGCGCUCUUUUCGCGGAUCUUCGGGAAGAAGCAGAUGCGGAUCCUCAUGGUUGGCUUGGAUGCGGCUGGCAAGACUACCAUCCUGUACAAACUGAAGUUGGGGGAGAUUGUCACCACCAUCCCCACCAUAGGCUUCAAUGUGGAAACAGUGGAAUAUAAGAACAUCUGUUUCACAGUCUGGGAUGUCGGAGGCCAGGACAAAAUUCGGCCUCUGUGGCGGCACUACUUCCAGAACACUCAGGGCCUCAUCUUCGUGGUAGACAGUAAUGACCGAGAGCGGGUCCAGGAGUCUGCGGAUGAACUCCAGAAGAUGCUGCAGGAGGAUGAGCUUCGGGAUGCUGUGCUGCUGGUGUUUGCCAACAAGCAGGACAUGCCCAACGCCAUGCCUGUGAGCGAGCUGACAGACAAGCUGGGGCUCCAGCACUUGCGUAGCCGCACGUGGUAUGUCCAGGCCACUUGUGCCACCCAAGGCACAGGCCUGUACGAUGGGCUGGACUGGCUGUCCCAUGAGCUGUCAAAGCGUUAGCCAGCCAGGGGCAGGCCCCUGCUGCCCGGAAGCUCCCGCGUGCAUCCCGGGAUGACCAGACUCCCGGACUCCUCAGGCAGUGCCCUUCUUUCCCACUCUUCCUCCCCACAGACAGGCCUCUGCUCCUGCCUGCAUGUUCUCUCUUGUCGUUGGAGCCCGGAGCCUUGCUCUCUGGGCACAGAGGGCUCUGCUCUCCUGCCUGCUGGGGCCUGUGGAAAGGCUUCCUGGCCAAGGCCCCCUCUUCCAGGGGAGGAGCAGGGAUCUGGAUUUGAUUUCAUUUUUUUCUGUUGUGGGUGUACCCUUGGGGCCAGGUUUGGGGGGAGGAAACUGAGGGCUCCGGGUGGUGCUAUGACGUGGAGCUGGAUAUUGAGUAAUAAAUUUGCUGUGGUUUGUA